AUGAGUUUUAUCUCACAAUUGUCAAUAAAGACCAAGAUUGGGCUUGGGAUAUUGCUAUCAUAUACUUCAUUUGAAGUUUAUAUGCAAAUUCGUACUCAACAAAUUAUUAGCGAAAGAAGGGAGGAGUUCAAGAAGUUUACAAACUCCAAGGAUUCUGAUGUUUCCAAAUUUAAGUCAGUGCUGGUAGCUGGGAUGUUUGUCAAUCCCUUUGAAGAGUAUAGGCCGCAAACAGCUUUUGAAUUCUUGUUUGUGAGAAUUAUGGAAUUGCUUGAAUCAUUUUACGGUAAUAAAAUAGAAUUACAUGAUAAGUUACCACAACCAAAAGAUGGAGCGGUUGAAGUUGAAGAUUUAUUAAAACUCUUUAAACCAGAUAAAGAAACUAUGAGAAAGAACUCAAUUAUCUUACAAACAUGUAUUAAGAAUGAUGACUUUCUGGCAUUGUCUUCACCUGCUGCUAAAAGUUGGCUAGAGAGAACUGAAAGUAAUAAUUCAUCAAGCAUUGAUCAACAAAUGCUUUUUACUUGGUUAGGCCAAUCAUGUGCACUUGUCCAAAUAUCAGGAAUUAACUUUUUAACCGAUCCUACUAUUAGUGAUCAUUUAAUAAGUCCAAAUUUGGGACCUAAAAGGUUAACCAAAUCUCCAAUGAAUUUGGAUGAUAUUAUGUAUUCUACAAAUGAUAAGAUCAAUUUUAUGUUAGUUUCUCAUGAUCACCCAGAUCAUUUAGAAAUGGAUCUUGUAAAGAAAGUUGGUAAUAAGACUACAUGGAUAGUUCCUUUAGGACUUAAAAGAAAGUUAGCUGCUAAGGGAAUAUAUAAUAUUUUGGAAUUGGAUUGGUGGGAAUCUGCUGAUAUAACAUCUUUAAUAUCUACCUCGGAAAACUUUAAAGAUAAGUAUGAAGUUGUAUGCGUUCCUGCAAUGCAUUGGUCCGGAAGAUACAUCUUAGAUUCUAAUCAAUCACUUUGGUGUUCCUUUAUCAUCAGACGUAAUAAUGAAUCUAUACUAUAUCAUGCAGGAGAUACUGGUUAUCUGAAUGAAUUAUUCAAAGUUAUAGGUAAAAAGUUUGGUCCUGUAUUUAUGGGAAUGUUACCUAUUGGUCAAUAUUGUCCUUCAUGGCAUCAAAAGCCCAGACAUAUCUCCCCUGAAGAAUCUUUACAAAUCUGUAAAGAUCUUCAAAUUUCAAAGAUGAAAGGUAUUCAUUGGGGGACAUUUAAAUUGAGUGGUGAGCCAAUUCUUGAACCUAAGAAUUUAUUAAUUGAAUUAGCAAAACAAGCGGGAAAAUCUUUAUAUUAUGGGGUACCAGAAUUUGGACUCACAUAUUUAUAUAAUGUACGUGAUAGAAGCGAGAUAGAACUUCAUAUUUAG